CGGAAGCAUGUGCGGUUCACGCCAUACAGCUGUACAUGUAGGCUGAAGUUUUGCUUGAUACUUCGGUUGGUUGACGGAUGAUCAUGGCAAACAGUGUGGGCAGGUUGUGUUUUCAGAAUAAGACUAUUCUUGCCCCUAUGGUACGGGUGGGCACUCUACCCAUGAGACUGCUGGCACUGGACUAUGGAGCAGAUAUCGUGUACUGUGAGGAGCUGAUCGACCUCAAAAUGGCUCAGUGUGAAAGAGUGGUGAAUGAUGUUUUGGAGACUGUUGAUUUCAUCGCACCAGACGAGCGAGUGAUGUUUCGCACCUGCAGUAAAGAGAAGGAGCACGUGGUCUUUCAAAUGGGAACAGCAGAUCCAGAAAGAGCCCUCACUGUGGCUAAACUUGUGGAAAAUGACGUGGCGGCUGUCGAUGUGAAUAUGGGCUGUCCAAAGGAAUACUCUACAAAGGGAGGAAUGGGGUCUGCGCUUCUCUCUGACCCUGAGAAAAUUGAAUCUAUUCUAAACACUCUUGUGAAUGGGAUUUCCAAACCUGUAACAUGUAAAAUCAGAAUCCUUCCUACACUAGAGGACACAGUGGAUUUAGUGAAGAGAAUUGAGAAAACUGGAGUGGCAGCCAUAGCAGUGCAUGGCAGAAUGAAGGAGGAGAGACAACGUCACCCGCUCCACUGUGAUUAUAUUCAGGCUGUAGUUGAAAGUGUGUCCAUCCCGGUCAUCGCCAACGGUGGCUCUUUGGACUUAGUAAAGACGUUUGAGGACAUAGAAAUCUUCCGGAACUCUACAGGAGCGUCCUCAGUCAUGCUCGCACGGGCCGCCAUGUGGAACCCUUCAAUCUUCUGCCAGCAGGGGGUGCUGUCUAUAGAAAAGGUUAUGGAGGAAUACAUCAAAUAUGCUGUUCGCUAUGACAACAACCCAUUUAACACCAAAUACUGCUUGUGUCAGAUGCUCAGAGACAGAGUUGAGUCUCCAUUCGGAAAACAGUUACACGCAGCUCAGACCAUAGCUGAAAUCUGUAAUGUGUAUAACAUGGCUGACUUUUACAAUAAGACCAAAGUUGAACUGGAGGCUAGAAAAUCUGCUCACCAGUCUAACAGUGAUCAAUCAGAAAACCCAAUACUGGAGGAUGAUGUCAUCACAAUGCCCAUUCGCUUCGAAAGACGGGAUUACCCACCUCAGAUCACUCCAAAGAUGUAUUUGCUGGAAUGGAGCCGAAAGGAAAAGCUUGAUCAACCUGCGUACGAGACAGAGCAGAGAACUCAAGAUCGAGCUUUUCAGUCCACGGUUAUUGUAGCCGAUAACAAGUACCGGUCCACCUUAUGGGAGAAGUCGAAGAAAUUUGCAGAGCAAGCAGCAGCUAUAGUAUGUUUACGCACACUUGGGCUUCCCGAGGGUCGAAUUGGAGAGGAGAACAGCGGAUUGGUGAACAAACGCAAGAGGGAGGACAAAAAAUGUGCGCCGCCAGAUGACAAUGAGUCAGCAGCACCAAAGAGACAUAUAACUGAAGUGCCAGAGGAAGAGGAAGUGAUAUGCAGGGCGAAAGUUGUAAAUGGUGUCUGUGGUCAGACCACACAUUAACCUUGGCCAGAUGUUCACUAUAAGAACUCACUACAAAGAGAUUGGAUUCCAGUGGAGAAUUGCUUGACAGAUAAUAGUACACUUUGUUUGGUUAUAAAGUUGCUCAAUAUUCUGUUGCCUUUUCAGGUGCCAUUGCUCUCUAACAUUGUCUUUUCAAGUGGAAAUGAAUAUUUUCAAUAUGUUGCAUGCCACUAUUUUGUGUGGGUAAGGAAUCCUGUUGUUUUUGUUUUGUUUUUAUAUAUAUAUAUAUAGAAUAUCAAAUUGACCAUUCUUCUCUUUUUAAUUAAUUUGAUAUUCUACCAUUGACCAUAAAGGGGCAGUGCAGCUCCAGUUACUUUAACUUCAGUACUGGGAAGUCAAAACCUACAGUAUAUCACACAAUAUCCAAAAGUUUAUUUAUUUGAAGUAUUCAUUAUUUUAAGGUGUUAUUAUGAAUGGGGCAGUGGCUACUUGACAUAAAUUGUCCAUCUUUUUGAAAUAAAACAUUUAAUG